ACUUCACCUAGUUGUGGGUUGGGCUAAUGAAAAUAUGUUCGCAAAGGCGGCUAAGUCUGAUAGACACGAGGGACGUGGGGCUGAAGACCUUCGUCUGGAGCUUAGAAGACUGUGCGAGAGGACCCAAGAGGAAGCCGCAGCCAGGACGAGAGAUGAGUUGCAUUUCUAAAACGGUGCACAGAAGUUACCAACAGAAUACAGUUUAUUUGAAACGCCUCCUAAACCUUGGGAACAGCUUUUAACAGCUGGAAGAUGAAAGCUCCGAUUCCACAUUUGAUUCUCUUAUAUGCUACAUUCACACAGAGUUUGAAGGUUGUAACCAAAAGAGGCUCUGCUGAUGGAUGCACUGAUUGGUCUGUUGAUAUCAAGAAAUACCAAGUUUUGGUGGGAGAGCCUGUUCGAAUCAAGUGUGCACUUUUUUAUGGAUAUAUCAGAGCAAACUACUCUCUUGCCCAAAGUGCUGGACUCAGUUUGAUGUGGUACAAGAGCUCUGGUCCUGGUGACUUUGAAGAGCCAAUAGCUUUUGAUGGAAGCAGAAUGAGCAAAGAAGAAGAUUCCAUUUGGUUCCGACCAACACUGCUACAGGACAGUGGCCUCUACGCUUGUGUCAUCAGAAACUCCACUUACUGUAUGAAAGUAUCCAUCUCGCUGACAGUGGGCGAAAAUGACACGGGACUCUGCUACAAUUCCAAGAUGAAGUACUUUGAAAAAGCUGAACUUAGCAAAAGCAAGGAAAUUUCAUGCCGUGAUAUAGAGGAUUUUUUACUGCCAACCAGAGAACCUGAAAUCCUUUGGUAUAAGGAAUGCAGGACAAAAACAUGGAGACCAAGUAUUGUAUUCAAAAGAGAUACCUUGCUUAUAAGAGAAGUCAGAGAAGAUGACAUUGGAAAUUACACCUGUGAAUUAAAGUAUGGAGGCUUCGUUGUGAGAAGAACUACUGAACUGACUGUUACAGCUCCUCUGACUGACAGGCCACCCAAACUUUUGUAUCCCAUGGAAAGUAAACUGACAAUUCAGGAGACUCAGCUGGGUGACUCAGCUAAUCUAACCUGCAGAGCCUUCUUUGGGUAUAGUGGAGAUGUCAGUCCUUUAAUUUACUGGAUGAAAGGAGAAAAGUUUAUUGAAGAUCUGGAUGAAAAUCGAGUUUGGGAAAGUGACAUUAGAAUUCUUAAGGAGCAUCUUGGGGAACAGGAAGUUUCCAUCUCAUUAAUUGUGGACUCUGUGGAAGAAGGUGACUUGGGCAAUUACUCCUGUUACGUGGAAAAUGGAAAUGGACGUCGCCAUGCCAGUGUUCUCCUUCAUAAACGAGAGCUAAUGUACACAGUUGAACUUGCUGGAGGGCUUGGUGCUAUCCUCUUACUGCUGGUUUGCUUGGUAACCAUCUACAAGUGCUAUAAAAUAGAAAUCAUGCUGUUCUACAGGAAUCAUUUUGGAGCAGAAGAACUGGAUGGUGACAAUAAAGAUUAUGAUGCAUAUUUAUCAUACACCAAAGUGGAUCCUGACCAGUGGAAUCAAGAGACUGGGGAAGAAGAACGGUUUGCCCUUGAAAUCUUACCUGAUAUGCUUGAAAAACAUUAUGGAUAUAAGUUGUUUAUACCAGACAGAGAUUUAAUACCAACUGGAACAUACAUUGAAGAUGUGGCAAGAUGUGUAGAUCAAAGCAAACGGCUGAUUAUUGUCAUGACUCCAAAUUAUGUAGUUAGAAGGGGCUGGAGCAUUUUUGAACUGGAGACCAGACUUCGAAACAUGCUUGUGACUGGAGAAAUUAAAGUGAUACUAAUCGAAUGCAGUGAACUACGAGGAAUUAUGAACUACCAGGAGGUAGAGGCCCUCAAGCACACCAUCAAGCUCCUGACGGUUAUUAAAUGGCAUGGACCAAAAUGUAACAAGUUGAACUCUAAGUUCUGGAAACGUUUACAAUACGAAAUGCCUUUUAAAAGGAUAGAACCCAUUACACAUGAGCAAGCUUUAGAUGUCAGUGAGCAGGGUCCUUUUGGGGAGCUGCAGACUGUCUCAGCCAUUUCCAUGGCCGCAGCCACCUCCACAGCUCUAGCCACUGCCCACCCAGAUCUGCGUUCGACCUUUCACAACACGUACCAUUCACAAAUGCGUCAGAAACACUACUACCGAAGCUAUGAGUACGACGUACCUCCUACCGGCACCCUGCCUCUUACCUCCAUAGGAAAUCAGCAUACCUACUGUAACAUCCCUAUGACACUCAUCAACGGGCAGCGGCCUCAGACAAAAUCGAGCAGGGAGCAGAAUCCAGAUGAGGCCCACACAAACAGUGCCAUCCUGCCGCUGUUGCCACGGGAGACCAGUAUAUCCAGCGUGAUUUGGUGACAGAAAACCAAGGGCCAUCCCUUCCCUGGGAGUUUGAAUGGAAUCUGCAGUCCAGUGCCUGGAACUAACUCCUCGACUGCUGCUGUUAAAAACAUGCAUUACAAUCUCUAGAACACGAGGAAAAACAGGGUCUUGUACAUAUGUUUUUUGGAAUUUCUUUGUAGCAUCAGUGUCUUCCUGUUUUACCAUGUCUCUUUCCAUUACGUUUUUUCACUUUGUUUUAUAUGUCAUUGGAAUUUGUAAUUUACAUUUUUUUUUAAAGAGACUGAGGUAUAGAUAGAAAACCCUUUUUUGCUUCAUUAGUUUAGUUUUAGAAUGGGUUUUAAUUUCCUUUUCUAAAAAUUUUAUUUUGCUGUUAACAUUUCCUUGGGGUGCUUGGACAAAUCUUUCCGAUGGGACAAGGAGCACCGGAUCCUCACUCGGGUUCUGCCUAGGAUCAGCUGGGCCCCAUUGGCCUUCAGAGCGCAGUGCGACACACGACAGCAUUGCCACUUGGGAGAAAAAAUUAAAGAGAGAAGACCAUUUGUGCAUAGGAGGGCCCCGCCAGUCAGAGCCCUGAAUCUCUUCCUUGUCCCGCCUCAUUCCCCACUUCUACCCUUCUAAUGGCGGCAUGAUAUGUAAACUGUAGAGGGGUAGGGGUGGGCCUAACUGUCUUAACAUAGUCAAUUCACUGCUCUUCAGAAUACACUCUAGACCCAGAGGUGUGCUAGUCACUCACUUGACAGUGACCACUACAGAGUGUUGAGAAGAUCAAGGGCAUGAAAUUGGGGAAGAGUGUUAUUUCCGUUUUUUUUUUUUUAAUUAGUUGAUGUAUCCUUAUAUAUAUAAAUAUAUAUAUAUAUAAAUAUAUAUAAAACAAAAGAAAACAACAAAAAAAAAAACCACAAAAAG